UGUAGCUGCAAAAUUACAGCUUCCUGUCUCGUGUUCCCAGCAUUGUUGUCAGCUUUUCGGUUAAAUUAUAUCUGCUUUCUCAAGAGGACAUAAAUCCUGCACCAGAUGAUUCAUGGCAUUAUGGGGACAACCUAUGAGAUGCUGCUGAUUGCAGCUGUACUGAUACAGCAGGGAACACAAGCAGACCCAUCCCAAGACCUGUUCUGCUUCAGGCACCACAAGAAUUCGGCAGUGAAUUGUACCUGGAGUCCAAGUGAUGUCACCCCCACAAACUACACCUUCUAUUUUCAGGAGAAGGGCAGCACUGAUCCAACUGAAAUAUCGACCUGUUUACCUUCAUUGACACUGGAGAGGAAGCAAUUCACCGCAGGAAGAACCUACGUUGCCUGGGUAAAGACCAAUGGCACAGAAAGAGAGGAAAGCUUAACAAGGCUGGAAUUCAUCAUCGAUGACAUAGUAAAGCCUCUGUCUCCAGCUGCUGUGACUGGAGAAUUGAUACAGAACACUCCAAAUACCAUAUGUAUUAUAUGGCAGAAACCCAACAACCUCGAUUCAUCAAAACAUCUUCAGUUCAAGCUUCAGUACAGAGUUGUAGGUCACCUUUCAUGGACUGAGGUUCCACAGGAUGAAAUUGGAAUCCAUGCAACAGCUUACGAGUUGGAGAAUCUGCAGCCAUUCACACUCUAUGAGUUUCGAGUACAAUGUGCACGAGAAGGAGAAACAAACAGGAGACUGUGGAGUGAAUGGAGUGCAGUGUCCAGCAUCAGAACCUCUGAAGACACUCCUGUUCGAUCUCUCGAUCUGUGGUUCAUGCACCAACCAGAUCUGGAUGAACUGUGGAUGCUUACCGUGCUGUGGAAGCGCCUUGAACAUCAUCAAGCAAGAGGAAUAAUUCGGAAAUAUACAGUGGUCUACGGGGAUGGAGAAAUGAUAACAGAGGAAGCAAUCACUGUCUGCUGUAACUUCAGCCUUCCAAAGACCACCCAAUGGGUGAACGUCACUGCACACAAUUCUGUUGGAGCAACUCAGCCAGCCAAGCUCAACCUAAUAGCAGACCUCCCGCCACCAUUCAAUAUGACAGCUCACAGCAGGAACCACUCAGUACUGGUGUCCUGGGAGCGACCUGCCAACGUAAUCCCUGAAGAGUUUGUGGUGGAAUGGUAUAAAAUAAAUUCAGAAUACACACUUGACUGGAAAAAAGUACCAGCAGAGAAUGUCAGCGUAACUUUGCUGGAAGGUCUUCUCUGUCCGCUGCUUCUGUACAGGAUCUCGGUGUACACUCGAUAUCAGGCAGGAUUGGGAGGCCCAGUGUCCACUCUGGUAUACACAGAAGAAGGAGUUCCUCUUGCUGGGCCUGAAAUCUCAAUUCUAAAUAUCUCCCAGACUGGGGUCACUCUGCUAUGGAAGGAUCUCCCACUGGAUCAACGUCGAGGGUUUAUACAAUACCUUACUCUGUACUAUGUCAAGAAUCCAGGUGGACUUCCAAAACAAAAGACUCUCAAUUUAAGCAAUACAUUAGACAGAUACACAUUGUUGCACUUGGAGCCCGACAGCACUUACAAAAUUUGGAUGACAGCAUCCACUACUAUGGGAGAGGGAAGCAAAGGGCCAUACCUUUGCUUUAAAACACAAGGUUCAAAGGUUGUGACCUGGAUGCUUGUGGCACUGUUCUCUACAUCUGCGGUGAUUGGAGUUCUUUCCUUCUAUUUCUGCAGAUUGUAUAAACAGAGAAUACAAAGCUGCAGCUCAUUCUACUUACCUCAGUGGUGUUGCCAGAGAAUUCCAGAUCCAAGGAACAGCAAAGUUAGGGACCAGCUGUAUGAUUAUCCUCUGAACUACCAUGAGGCAAUGUCGGAGACAGUAAUUCAUGAAUUGGAAGAGAUUGAAACUGAGGACAAGAUUGAAGUUCCAUCAACGACAAGCAACAAUUCCACUCUGGCAAAAGACAUGGGACCCAGUAGUUCAGAAGAUCCUUACUGGACAAGUUGUCAUUCUCCACUUGUGGAGACACCUCCAGAGGCCUCCACUUGUUUGGAAAAGAAACCUGUGGAAGAGCCAGCAACCAGCACAGGAUUAAUGGUGGAACCCCUCAGCUCCACUGGUUACGAGAAACACUUCUUGCCAUCAGAGGCAGAUGUGCUGAAGAAUGAAUGGCAGUUAGCAAACAGGAAGGAGUGGCUGGGAAUCGAGGAUGAUCAUUAAACUUCAGCAGGAUGGAACACCAGACAAUCUCAACAUGAUGAAGUGACCAGGAAGGUUGAUGAGAGCAGGGCAACAGACGUAGUCUAUAUGGAUUUCAGUAAGGCCUUUGAUAAGGUUCC